AUGGAUUCUCUAAAACAAUUCAUUGUCAUCUUCAUAAUGACUAUGUUGGUAAGUGCAACGAUGUCUCGUGCCAGAAGGACGACAGUGGUGAUGUAUAAUGAUCUUGGAGGUGGUUUAUCGCUACGAUACCAUUGUAAAUCAAAAGAUGAUGAUCUUGGAGACCGGAGUAUGGCUCCGGGUGGAUCAUGGUCAUUCGGGUUUACACCCAAUCUCUUUGGCACAUGGAUGCACAAAAUGCGAGUGGAAGAUACGCAAAAGUGGACCUUGCAAACUUAA